UGUUACUCCGUGUGUGUGUGUGAGUGAGUGUGUGUGAGUGUGUCAGGUGACUUGGGUCACGCAGUUUCUCUCCUCUGGGAGGGACGGCAGGGCCUCGGCUGACUUUCCUUUGACAACUGCGGCGGCGGCGAGGAAGAAAUACAAGGAAAGGGAGCAGCUUAGGUCAGCGUCCCAGGCGAGAGGCAGCCUCGAGGGGCGCGGGGGGUCUCGUGGCGGCGGCGGCGGCGGGGCGAGCGUGCCGCUGGGGGGCCGGCCGGCCGGGGUCUGCCUUCGGAGAAGGGGCAAGGAGCCCGGGGAGGGAGCAGGAUGAGCCAGGUGCCGGGGAAGCCGAAGGAGCAGGAAGAGGACGAGGGAGAAGAGGAGGAGGAAGAGGAGGAAGAUGAAGAGGAGGAGGAAGACGACGACGACGAAGACGAGGAAGAAGACGAGAUCGUGGGGCUUGCAGAUUACGGGGACGGGAGUGGAUCGUUUUCGGACGGCGACCCGGAGAACGGCGGGGACGGGGCGUUUCUAGAUUUCAAUGAGCCCUUUAGUACUGAAGUCAAGCCAAGAAUUCUGCUAAUGGGACUGAGAAGAAGUGGAAAGUCUUCGAUUCAGAAAGUUGUGUUUCAUAAAAUGUCACCGAAUGAAACCCUUUUCUUGGAGAGCACUAAUAAGAUUUGCAGGGAGGAUGUUUCCAACAGCUCCUUUGUUAACUUUCAGAUAUGGGACUUUCCUGGGCAAAUUGACUUUUUUGACCCUACCUUUGACUAUGAGAUGAUUUUCCGAGGCACCGGAGCACUGAUAUUUGUUAUUGAUUCUCAGGAUGACUAUAUGGAAGCUUUGGCAAGAUUGCAUCUCACUGUGACAAGAGCAUAUAAAGUGAAUCCAGACAUAAACUUUGAAAUAUUUAUCCACAAAGUAGAUGGUUUGUCUGAUGAUCACAAGAUUGAAACACAGAGAGACAUUCAUCAGAGGGCAAAUGAUGACCUUGCAGAUGCUGGGCUGGAAAAAAUCCACUUGAGCUUUUAUUUAACAAGCAUAUACGACCAUUCAAUAUUUGAAGCGUUUAGCAAAGUGGUACAGAAAUUGAUCCCCCAGCUCCCAACACUGGAGAACUUGCUUAACAUCUUUAUCUCGAAUUCUGGAAUUGAGAAAGCCUUUCUCUUUGAUGUAGUCAGUAAAAUUUAUAUUGCAACAGACAGUACCCCAGUGGACAUGCAGACUUAUGAGCUCAGCUGUGAUAUGAUAGAUGUUGUCAUUGACAUCUCCUGCAUUUAUGGGCUCAAAGCAGAUGGAGCAGGAACUCCUUACGACAAAGAAUCAACAGCAAUAAUAAAACUGAACAACACAACAGUCCUUUAUUUAAAGGAAGUGACAAAGUUCCUGGCGCUAGUUUGCUUUGUCAGAGAAGAAAGCUUUGAGAGAAAAGGACUAAUAGACUACAACUUCCACUGUUUCCGUAAGGCCAUACAUGAAGUAUUUGAAGUGAGAAUGAAAGCGGUGAAAGCUCGGAAGAAUCAAAACCAAAUUCAGAAGACCAAGAGGGCCACUCCUAAUGGCACCCCUAGAAUGCCAGUGUAGCCGAACUGUGUGAACCACUGUUAACUUGUAAAACUUCUUAUUUCUUGUAAUGGUUUCAUCAGGUUCCAUAGCUGGAAGAUGAAAGGGACUGCUGUACUGGAUGGCAUGGAUUUUACCACACUAGCCUCCUGCCAAAACACUGUUUAUCUUAUCCAGUUGUUCAUAUUAAGAAGUAUCUGUAACAGAACUUUUCUGCACUUUUGUCAUGUUUCUUGAUGGAAAUGAACUUUUGAUAAACCCAUUUGUGUUUUAUUUAAAAUGACACUUUUUACGUGUGAACUUGGGUAGGAUAUGUACCGUUAGUUUCUCUAUAUGCUGCAAACAAAUGAGUAAAACAAUCAAGAAAAAAUGGUAAGAUACCUUUUUACAAAUUUGUGGGAGUUUAAUAUUCAUGCCAGUUAUAUAUAUAUAACUUGUAAAUUGAAGUUUUAUUUUGAAAUACAGUAGCAAUAAAAAUAUUUCCUGGGAGUCCUUUAUUGGUACAUCAAAAGUUUUGUAAAAAUAGGCUUUGAGCUAAAUAUUUCCCAAAUGUCUCCAUAAUCCUGGCAAACCCAUUUUGUUCUUAUAAUGAUGAUUACCUCUACAACUUUCUAUAAAGAGACCUAUUUUGUAACAGUU